UGCGGUGACGUGUGGCUGGGGUUUCGUCUGCUUGUGACAGGAGCAUUGUUCGCACCAAACGUUUUUUAAAGCGAAGGGAAAUUAAUUUCCCGACCACCAUUUGCAGACAAAGAGCGCCGUGAAGGAUUAGUCCACUGACAACGUACAUGUGCGUGGGCUUGAGAUUUAUUUGCCUGUAUUUACCGUUGGAGAACAGGUGCAGUCCAUUUGGGAGCUAUUUGUUGGGCUUGAUAAUCUUAUUUUAACCAAAUGCGAGUGUCAGCCUUGAAAGGAACUAAAGCUCCGCCUGCACUUCACCUUCUGUCAAAGCCUGUCAGGAGAAUUUUCAGGUGGCAAUAUUGACAGAAAUCACUGAUUGUGAAGAUGGAAUGCAGUCCAGACGAGCAGUAUAAGUUCUUUUGUUGAUAUUGGUUUUCCAGCAUUUUGAAGGUCUAUUAGAAUGGUCCAGUAUGUUUGGAAAGAAGAAGAAGCGCCUUGAAAUCUCUGCACCCUCUAAUUUUGAACAUCGGGUUCAUACUGGAUUUGAUCAUCAUGAGCAGAAAUUCACAGGACUUCCUCAGCAAUGGCAGAGCUUGCUCGCAGAUACAGCAAAUCGGCCAAAACCUAUGGUUGACCCAUCAUGUAUCACACCUAUACAGCUAGCACCUAUGAAGACUAUAGUCAGAGGAAACAGAGCAUGGAAAGACACUUCUUUAAAUGGCCUGUUGGAAGAGUUCAAUGAUAUUUCCGUAACUCGCUCAAACUCUCUACGUAGGGAGAGUCCUCCUGCUGCACCACAGAUAAAUUCAAACCAUAGCCCUUGCAGUCCUGAAGAAAAUGGCUUCACCCAUUAUUAUCUUAAACAUACAUAUGAUAUUGAAUCUUCAAAAGAUUUUACAGCAGGGAAGUUCAAAGAACAGAGAAAUCAUACAGGAGACUGGGAUAGAUACUACAUGUAUAAUAAAGCAGCUCAACAAAAUGGCCAGGAUUUGAACAGAGCUCGAUCGGUGGAAACAUAUUACUUAGAAGAUAAUGUACAAAAGGCAGAUUUUGGUAGGUUGCCACCAGACUACCAUGCAUAUAUGGUGUCAAAGAUUAGGCCAACAGAUCACAUUAUGACAAGCAGGGAUUCCUCAGGAGCUCAAAGGUCACCACUAAGUCACAGGAGACACCUACAAGCUGCACCUUCUAGAACUGUUUCUCAACGAGAAGCUCCUACAGAAAAAUUGGAAUAUCAAGAAAAAGACUUGGGUCCAGAACCACAAAGGGAAGAUUUAGAUAAACGACCAAAGUCAUCCUAUGUCACACCAACAAGUCCUCAACCUACAAUGAGACAAAGAUCAAAAUCAGGAUCUGGACUGCAAGAACCAAGUAUGCUAAACACAGCCAGUGCAUUUAAGUCACCUCGACCCACUGGGCAUUCAUAUAAUUCAUACACUUAUCCCAGGCUGUCUGAGACGACGGCUGUAGCGUGCAUUCCUAAGGUGGAUUAUGAAAAACCACAAAGGGGUAUAAGUCCUCAAAUGACUGGGUCAGACACCUAUCCUCGAGGCCCAUCAAAACUACCUCAGUAUCCAGCUAACCCCACCUACGCAACAUCUAGCCAUUAUUUUUCAUCAUCAUAUUCCAAAACAUCUCAGUACCACAAUACGCCUCUUCAGUCGAAUUUUCAAUAUGUUAACCAAGGUGCUUACCAGUAUCCAAGCUGGAGUUCUUCAGUACAGCAGCAGCCCACACGUGUGUCCCAUGAGCAGUUCAGAGCUGCUCUGCAGCUCGUGGUAAAUGCUGGAGAUCCACGCGAGUAUUUAGAAAACUUCAUCAAGAUCGGAGAGGGCUCCACAGGCAUCGUUUGCAUUGUAACAGAGAAGCACACUGGGAAACAAGUGGCAGUGAAGAAGAUGGACCUAAGGAAACAGCAGAGGCGGGAGCUGCUAUUUAAUGAGGUUGUCAUUAUGCGGGAUUACCAUCAUGAAAAUGUUGUGGACAUGUACAACAGUUAUCUAGUUGGAGAUGAAUUAUGGGUUGUUAUGGAGUUUCUGGAAGGUGGUGCUUUGACAGACAUUGUUACACAUACAAGAAUGAAUGAAGAACAAAUAGCAACUGUUUGCUUGUCUGUUUUGAAAGCUCUAGCAUACCUUCAUUCUCAGGGAGUUAUCCAUCGGGAUAUAAAGAGUGACUCUAUACUUCUCACCAGUGAUGGAAGGAUUAAAUUGUCAGAUUUUGGCUUUUGUGCUCAAGUGUCAAAAGAAGUUCCUAGGAGGAAGUCACUAGUUGGGACACCAUACUGGAUGGCACCAGAGGUCAUUUCUAGAUUACCAUAUGGAACUGAGGUAGACAUAUGGUCUCUUGGUGUCAUGGUAAUAGAAAUGGUGGAUGGGGAGCCACCAUACUUUAAUGAACCACCACUUCAGGCCAUGAGGAGAAUACGAGACAAUCUUCCUCCAAGGCUAAAGGAUGUGCACAAGGCUUCAUCAGUGCUGCGAGGAUUCUUGGACUUGAUGUUAGUGAGGGAUCCUUUACAAAGAGCAUCUGCACAGGAAUUAUUAAAACAUCCAUUCCUCAAGUUUGCUGGACCCCCAGCCUGCAUUGUACCUCUUAUGAGACAAUAUAGAUAUCGUUGAAUGAAGUGGAUUUAAGAAUGUCUUAGCACAGUAUUUGAAUAAAAAUUAAGCACUUGAUAGCCAUCAGGAAAUGUGAAUGAAGAAUAUUAAAAGAUGUGACGCCAAAACAGAUUAUGUUCUCUCUUGAAGUCUGUGGCUGGGCAAAAAUACACAAAGCAAAAUAAAAGGAAUUUACAAAAUCUGUUGUAUACCAGCUCCCUGAGCUACUAUUUUCCUAUUUCAGAGUUACAGUGCUGGAGUAUAAGGGUAAUUGUGAGAAAUCUCCUUUAUGAUAUGGCUGAACUGACUUUGAGUACUAUCUUUUUGAACAUAUUUUCCUUGGAGGGUCAGUUUGCCUUUCACCAUGUGCCAGGAUUGAUGUUCACAUCAGGAUGUAAUGCUCCGACUGUGUAACAGAUUAUAGCACAUUCAGGACUCUUUGAGAGAAUUUUGCUCAGUAAAGUGUGUGGAAUUUGUAUUUCUCUAAAAUUGUGACUCUUUCUUUGGUAAGCACUUUUCUUCCACACUGGCUGUGCAAUGUGAUCUAAUUGGAUUUGUAUCUUACUGACAUUUCUUUUCUGAUAAACUAACAGUAUUUUGUGGUGAAGUAACUGUUGUAAUAGCAAACAGUAUUGAGAGGAAUUUUUUUCAGGGAUAUUAACUUGAUGUGGGUGGGUGGGUUAGAAAGGGAAAAUGCUUUGAGUUGCAGAGAUUAACAAACUUGUUCAAUACAGGUUUACCAAAACAGAUUGUUUCUGACUUGAGGCACUCUAAUGAAUCUGUUCAAUUUGAUAAAUUAAGUUUUGUUUAAUCACAUGUUACUUAAUGAUUUUUUAAAAAUAUUUUUGCGGCUUUCUACUUGUCAGUGAAUGUUUAUAGCAUUAAUCUAAAUGUGAUGUUUGUUGAGCGUGAUUGCAUGUUUUAACAGUCAUGCAAAGUUUGAUGGAAAAUUAGUAAGCCCUAGUGCAGUGUGGUGUGAAACUUGUGUGUUACAGAGGAAAUAAAUAAUGCUGGUUAUUUAUUAAAAAUAAAUGUGUUUAUUUUUAAGUUCAAUGGUUGCGAAACACGACUUUCAAAAUUUAAUGUAUAAAAUGAUGUCACGUAUAACUCAUCGAACAUGUGAUCAAGUGCUAAAUAUUGGUUCAGAUUUUGCAAUUAAAAGAAUAUCAGUAUGGAAGCUGAAAAUAACUAUCAUUUUGGUGCACUUAAAAGUUUAGCAAAGGAAUUCUGGAACAGUUGUCAAUGAUUUAGCAAUCCUCCACAGAUUGUGCUGGUUUGCGCAGCUCUUCAUAUGGUCAGGGGAAAUCAGUGAAUGGACAAAAUUCUAGGUACAUUGGAUUAGCUUUACUGUAAAUAACUUAAAAAUGGUGGUUUGGUGUAAAUAAGUUGUAGGCAUAAGUAAAAUGUAAGAACAUAAUAAAUCUUUAUUAUUUCUUAACUAUCAUUGAAACCAAGUUUAAUUCCCUUUGACAAAACUGUCAAUAUAAAAUAGACCUGAUCUCAUUGUCUUAUACCAGUGAUGAACAUGGACCUGCGCACCUAUUCUCCAGUUCCUUUCUUUAAUUGCAUCCCUGUAGUUUAAUAGUUUAAAUUAUUUAGGUACUUUUACUUACCACUUUAGUUUAAAAUAUGAAAUAAUUUAAUUGUUAUCUUUAAUCAUAAUUAACCUUCAUGUCAGCAACACUUACAGACUAUUAAAUUACUCUCUAAAGUUCAAUAGCCGGCAAAGCUGGGGUGCAAAGCUGUUUUUCUCACUGUCAAAAGCUUUCAGAAGUGUUUUGGGGUUCUCACCGUACCACUGGAGACUCUGCAGCUAUCCAGACCAUGGUACUGGUAAGAGAACAGUUCUGGGCUAGCAAAUUAGGCCUUUGAAUCAGGACCAAGCAAGUAUAGGCAUAGGAAUUCAUGGACAGUGAUUCCAGACGGGGAGCACCAGAUCAAUAAAAUCUCACCCCAGUGGGUAUUAAAAUUUAUGUUUUGCCAGGGUUUGUUUUCAAUAUUUCAACUUCCUCCUUAUGAAAAAGGUCAUUUUUAUUUUUCAGUUAGUAAAAUGUUUAAAAUAUCACUGAAAAUGUGUCUUUUUCUCCAUUUGGUUUGAUGUCUGUAUUAUUUCCAUGUGAUUAAUUAUUCAUCCAGUUGAUAAUAUCACAGAUGGUGAAUGCCAAGGAGUUCCUUAAAGUGACGCCUGACAACCCAUUAUCAAAAUAGAAAGAAGGCAGGCAGUGUUCCAGCGACCACAAGUACUUUUUUUUCAGGUCACAGGUGAGUACUGCUGUUUUGCUACUAACUAUGAAGGACAGAACAUUGUUUUGUAGGCAGUAUUAUCUUCACUUUCAUGGAAAACUGUUAUACAGUUGGGAAAGUAAACAGUAAAGUUGGCGUAUUGUCAUGAUCUGAGUAACUAUUCUGAGAGUUUUUGAAUAAUUUUAAAUGCACCAUUUAUACAAUAUGAAUAUUAUCUGUGUGAUUCAAUUUUGUGUGUUUUACUUAUUUUAAUAUUUAUCUUCUCUUGAAUACCAUGUUCAUAGAAACAUUUCUUAACUCAGUCCAGUAGGUUCAAAACAAUGGCUGUAAACUGGGGUUUGAAAGCAUUUUGCAUUUCUGAAGGGUGGCAGUGUUGAAAUGUUGGAGAAUAUAACGACUGUUUGUGUUGCUGUUAAUUACAAGAAAAUAGUGAUCCUUAUUUCUAGUGAAAAAACAAUUACAUUUUGCCCUCCAUGUAUAUUCUGAUUACUUACAGGAAAAUGUUUCUCAGGAUGUAUUUUAAUAUGUUAGUAUAUUUUCAAACGGAUAAGUGCCUAUUUCUUAUGAAAUUCAUUACAUUGUUCUAGGCCCUAUGGAAUAUGUUCCACAUUCCAUCUAACUAGCAACUCCUCUCUUCCAUUUUAUUAUGUCCUGUCACCCAAAUUUCUCUUCAGCAAGCUGAGAAAAAACUGUCAGGCAAAUAUUGCUCCUUGUUCUGGUAAACACUUCUAAUUCCAUAACUAGUACUUUAAAUAUUUUUUUCAGGUUGGCUUUGCAAUUUAUUACUGGUACCUCAAUUUCCUUUGGUAAUUUAAUCUUGUUGUUCUGUCCAGCUGGAUAAUA